AGUGAAGGCGACGAAAUCUCGAAGGCUGCCUCUCCGCAGGGGCCCGCGUCCUGCGGGGUUUAGUUCCCUCCCUGGUUUGACGCACCUGGACCCAAUAAUGGCUCGUUAAGAGGCCUGAGAAGAACAUUGACCUGCGGAAAAGGUCGCCGCUGCCACCGGGGAGAGAAGUGAAACAUGCAGGACGCCGGUGAACGUGUGCUUUGCAUCCUUGCUCUGAUGCAGCUACAAGCUCUGCCUCCUGUCAGGAGGGAGACCUGCGGCACCGAGAGCAGCACACGACACAGAGCAGCCGCAGGAAGCGGGCGGAAACGAGACGGCUAAGGACUCCGGGGCUGAACGCACAUUUUUUAUUUCUAACUGGAUGGAAAAGCGGAAGAACGCCGACAAGCCAGGCGAGUGUUUUCCAACUCUUUCUGCAACGCAAGUUAUUUUUAUUUGAAGGUUUAGUCAAGGAUGCCUGGACGGUUACGUGUCGUUUAAGUCGCAACAAGGAUUUUUUCAAAGUUCAGGGUGACGUUACAGCCCGUGAUACAUGAUUACUAACAUAUAGGAUCAACUGAAACGUCGCCUGCUUUCUGCCGGGUUCUGCCCUGACGGCCGUUUCAACCACAAACGUCGUUUGGCUUUUUCUGUGAUCGAAUUCAAUUUGACGGGUCUCUCCGGGUUUUGCCCGCCCGUCUGUUUGCAGAUUUAUAAGCAGGGAUCUUGGCUCCUGGAGCAGCUCCCCCCCUCUGCCCCCCCGCGGGGCUCGGCUCUGUUGGCUCGCUCGCCGCUUCCUUAGCAGAGGGUCUGCUGGCAGGAGCAACAUCUGAACAGGUCAUGAAGCCUCAAGAGGCAGAGCUCGUCUCUGAAAUCUCAAAGUUGCAGUGCAUGGUGACAGAACUGAAGACGGGCUUCACCAGCGCCCUGCUGGAACUCGGCCAGAUCCAGCAUGGAGACUCGCACCUGAGGGAGGAGAUGGAGGAGAACAGGAGGAGCUGUCAGAAAAAAGCUUUCCGCUUGGAGGCGCUGGUCGAGUCGCUGAGGGAGGAACUUGGAGUGCUGAGGAGUCAAAUUGUGCAGCUGUACUCCAACAGGGCCGGGCCUGAGCCGGACGGAAAGAGCCUCACAUCCAAACCAAGAGAAAGCGAUCCGGCAGAGCCAGCCGGUGACCAGGGUGUUUGCGAGUGUUGUGCUCCUCCGCGGGCCGGCCUGUCCAGAGGGAAACUGCUCCUUCACUGCUUCCUGCAGGGCCUGAAGGCCGGGCUGAGCGAAGGAACAGAUGCUCGACACCAGGUGGCCAUGCAGCUCCUGCACUCCGAGUGGGAGUACGUGUCGACCCUGAACCAGCUCAGCGACAGGUACAAAGCGCCGCCAGCUCACCUGACGCCCGGAGAGCCGCAGCAGACGCACGCGAGGUUCGUGGAGCGGCUCCUGCAGCGGCACGUGCUCUUCAGGGACACCCUGCAGCAGAGACUGUCCGCCGAGCACUGGAAGUCUCUGGUCGGCGACAUCCUGGUGCAGCUCAUCGGCCACAACGACACAGCUUUUUCAGACAUGUAUCUCGGAUACACGACGACCUUGGCGUCGUUCCUCUCGCUCGAGUUCAACCGGCUGAGUCGGCGAGGGAAAAGCCUCCAAACGCAGAGCGGCCAGACCGAGAGAGACGAAGUGAAGCUGCUCUCUCUGCUGUUGGCUCCCGUUGCUCGGAUUCACAGCUACCUGAGCCACAUUCAGAGCCUGCUGCAGUGGACCGGUAAGGAGCAUCCCGACUGCAGCCUGCUGCUGGGGUCUGAGAGCGCGCUGAGGAGCGUUCUGUCCCGCUGUCACGUGAUCUUGGAGGAGGAUGUUCGAUGGGAGGAAGACGAGGAAGCCGGGCAAAGCGCCCCCUGUGACGCCACGUCCUCUGGAGGCCGCUGCACGAGGAGCCAGCAGAUAAGAGCGGAGUCCAGCUCUGCUGCCCAGAGAGAAGUCCAGCCGGCUGCUCCCCUCACCAACGGGGUGGAUGGCGGUCAGUCCAUGCGCCUGGAGUGCUGGUCCUGCAGCCCGGUGAGGAGGAAGGGCUUCCUGAGAGACCGGGCCGCCCUGAGGCAGCCAGUCUGCCACUGCGGUCACGCGUGCUGCUCUCUGCUCCCUCCGGACGUCGCAGGAUGGGGAGAAAACAGCGACUCGGGUCAGGGCACCUUCAGCCAGCCCACGGUGAAGUCCACCAACGACCCGGAGACGACGCACGCACACAGCGAGACGGACGACACCUCCGCCUUCGACUACUCCUCCGUCACCUCCUGCAGCCCGGACGGCACCCUGCGGAGGGAGGCGAUGGACACCAACAGCGGGGAGGACGACGACGACGAGGAGGACAGCCAGGUGCCCGUGCUGCUGAAGCCCUCGUUCAGCCGGCAGGAGCAGCCGGCGCCGGCGGGGGAAACCAGAGGCAGAACUGUGUGCGUGAGGUGGCAGGUUCCCAGAUUUACCCCUCACCCUCCUAUCAGGAGCCCCGCAGGACCGUAUGUGGACGGGCCGACGCCUUGCCUCAUCAGCUCCUUUGGGAAGAGGUUGGUCAGCCUGAGGACAGGGUCGCCUCCUCCACAUCUGAAAAGUGCCUUCAGGCCCAUCUGGGACGAUCCAUCCAAGCAGGCCGAUUCCGCUCCGGAGAGAGACAACAGACCUGCUGGGUUUGUUCCACUUCCAGCUCCAGGUCCAGCGAGGAACAACUUCCAAGCUUUCGCUCCCAGCAGGGAAAUCCUGAGGCCGGCGCUUGCUCAGCAGCGAGCUGUGGACGGGGGGGGACUGUGGGACAGUGAGGACAGCGAGGGACCCUGCAGCACAGUUUGACUUUUUAACAAGAAAAACAAAAAUUGAAAAGCAAAACAUCUACACCCUCUUUAUUUGAAUAAAUCCAUUUGCGAUG